AUGUCUGAAUACGACUUCAUUAUCAUCGGCGCUGGCGUUGGCGGUCUUGUUCUAGCCUCACGUCUAAGCGAGGAUGCAGACCACUCCGUUCUCGUGCUCGAAGCCGGUCCCAAUCGCAUGGGAGAUGCUCGCAUUGAAACCCCGGGCCUGCUUGGGACCUUGUACGGUGACCCAGAGAUAGACUGGGACUAUAUGAGUGAACCUCAGAUCCAUGUGAACAACAGACAAAUCGGUCAACCCCGAGGUCGCGUCGUCGGGGGCUCCUCCGCAAUAAACUUCGGCGCCAUCAUGUAUCCAUCACGAUCCAACUUUACGGCCUGGACUCAGUUGGGAAACGAAGGCUGGGGACCAGACGAGAUGGCACCAUACCUGCGCAAGUUCCACACCUACACACGGCCAAGCGACACGACCUCCUCUCUCCUGGGGAUCGACGAAUACAUGAAGACUGAGGCGCAAGGUGUUGAUGGUCCGGUGCCAGUGACUUUGCCCGAUGUGUACAGUGAGUUCAAUCAGGCCUGGAACGAAACAUUUCACGAGCUGGGAUGGAAGGCCAGUGGGGAUCCAAUUGCUGGAGAUAACAUCGGGGCGUUUACCAACCCGCUGACGGUGGAUCGUAAUGGGCGACGAGGAUACGCGACAGCGUAUUAUACACCCCAGGUUGCGCAACGGCCAAACCUGCAUCUGCAAGCCGAGACAUUGGUGGAAAAGAUCCUCUUUGAUCAGUCGGGGGAGACGCCUAGAGCAACUGGUGUCCAGAUCCGUACCAAGGACGGCAGCGCGUGUAUCACUGCUCGGCGCGAAGUCAUCCUGUCGGCUGGAAGUCUGAAUUCGCCCCAGAUACUGGAGUUGUCGGGCAUUGGACAGGCAGAUCGGCUUCAAAAGCAGGAUAUUCCGGUCGUUGUUGACCGUCCCGGUGUGGGAGAAAAUCUGCAAGAUCAUGCAUUGUCGGCACUCAGUUUUCAGGUAGCCGACGGACAGGUUUCUGGCGAUGUGUUACGCGAUCCAAACGUCGCACAGGCACUGCUCAAGCUAUAUGAAGACACGCACAGCGGACCCAUGGCCGGCAUGCCGAUGAGCAUGGCCUACUUGCCGUCCGUGGACAACAACGGCGCAUUGUCCACGGAAGCUGUACAGAAAUUGGUGCAAAGUCAUCAGGACCAAAACACUUCCCCGGCGCUGCAAGGACAAUACGACAUUCUACAGAAGAAGCUACUUGACCACAAAACCUCAGACGUGCAGUAUAUGUACCUUCCUGUUCAAUUACACAUGAAACCCGGCGCGACGACCGUGCCAGACGUCCUGGCCAAGAACCUACCGGAGAAUUACAUCAGCAUCCUCGCCCUCCACAACAACCCUUUCUCGCGGGGCUCUGUGCAUAUCAGGUCCUCCCGGAUCGAGGACAAACCGAUUUACGAUCCAAACUACCUCUCACAUCCGCUCGAUCUGGAGCUGAUGGCGCGCCAAAUGCAGUACCUCGAUCGUAUCGUGCAGACGGGGCCAUUCGCCUCUUUAAUCAAGGCUAGUGUCCGAAUCCCAGCACACGCGGUUGAUUUGAGUGAUCUCAACGCCGCAAAGGAAGUGGUCAAGGAGCGAUUGUUCACCUGUUUCCAUCCAUCGGGGUCGUGUGCUAUGAUGCCCGCUGACAAGGGAGGUGUUGUGGAUAACCGUCUGAGGGUCCACGGAACAAGUAACCUGCGUGUGGUUGACGCUAGUGUCUUUCCUCUGGAGCCAUCCGGGAAUAUUCAAGCGACAACCUAUGCAUUGGCCGAAAGGGCGGCUGAUUUAAUCAAAGAGGAUCAUUCAUUGCAGUCUUCAUAA